AUGCCCCGACCCCACGCGACCCGCAACGAGUCCGACAACUGGAUUGUGGUCAACCCUCAGUACCAGUUGGUCGUGCACCCCCAUCGCCGCCGCUAUGUGCCAGUCGGCAUCCUGGGCGGGAUCACGGACGAGAGCAUUGGGGCGAUCUUGGGGUACCUCGAUGGCGCGGCUCUUGCCGCCGUCGGCCAAGUGUGUCGCCAGCUUCGCGUCGCGGCGAGCGAUGACGCGCACUGGCUGAGCACCUGUAGGGCCGAGUGGGGCAUCGACCCGAGCCAAUUGGCCCGGCUGCAGACGUCCGUCACGGGCAAGGACCUCUAUCAAUUUGCUCGCCAGAGUCUUCGACUACUGACAAAAGCCAUGGUGGACGAGCAGUGCAUGCAUGCGAUGCAGCGAACGUGGUGCUUGCCCAAGCAAGCGAUGACGUCCAUUGCCUACAACCGCGCCAUGUUUCAGAGUCCGCUUGUCCCGUGCACGAUGCCGAAACCCGUUUAA